AGUCCAAAAAUAGAAGAAAACUCGAUGUAUUGCGCAAAAGUUUUUUCAGUUUUUCCUUUUGCUCUCUCUCGGUCUCUUCUCUUUCACUCUCACUGCUUCUUGCUGCUACUGCUACACCCUCUUCGUUCAUGGCUUCCUCAUGAGCAGGAUUGAGUUAUAACUGUGCGAGCAGUUGUUGUUGGUCAGAAAAGUUUUUCUUUAUUACGACUUAAGGAAGCUUGGAUGGAAAAAAAAAUACUCCCAUCUUCAUCUGGAGGCUACGACAUUGAUUCCUGUGGGACGCAUUUGGGUCAAAGGAUAUCGAGGCCAGUUGAUUUGCCUGAAUUUUCCUGGACUCCAGAAUCACGAUUAAAAGAGAAUGGUCCACUCUUAUUCACCACAGAAGAAAACACCCGUGAGUUAACUGUAAAUCAAUCAAAGUCUGCCUCAGUGGUUGCCCUUGGAGAUAGUUUCCAGCAUCAAUCUAAUUAUCAGAACAGUGUCGAAGGAUACACUAGUAAUUUGAACGCCCAAGAAAAUGAAGUUAAAAGUAUAAACCAUUACCCUUUAUGCACACAGUUGCAAUCUACACAGCACCAGCAUCCACUCUGGAAAUAUGAUUUUCCUAUUGGGGAGACACCUGAUUCACUAAAUUGGGUAUCACAGACAAAUAACAUGCUUGCACAAGCUGACACUGGUAGAUCCUCUUCAAAAUCCGAUAAUUCGUAUACUGGAAAAUCUCAGAUUCAUCCUCAUCAGGGAUAUUUGAUUUCUGGGAACCCUGAUGUCACCUCUAGGAUGCCAUUGGAGUAUAAUGUUUCCACUGGAGUUGUGAGAGUGUUUGGAGCAGUUGAGCAGAUUUCUUCUCAGCACCAUUCCUCAUAUGCUUCUUCUCAUGGAAGAGGUUACCUUGAAGAAGCCAAUAGAUUUGGAAAUUCUUGUGUUUUGGAACAAAGUCUUAAGUGUUCAAACAGAUCUGGAAGUAAUAUCCCCUGUUGGUGGGAUAGAGAUAUUCUCUCAAGGGGCUCGGCUUCUACUGACCAAAAGGCUGGUGGAAAGUCAUUGCAUACCAAGGCUCAGAAUUCCAUUGGUUCUUUUGAUAAUCGUGUAGACACACUUGAAAGUAGAGGAAGAAGUCACAUAGAAGGUGAUAUGAAAAAGGACCUGAAAGCAAUAGCUAAGGAGAACAUCAAAAGUUCUUUGACAAAUGACCUCUCCUCCAAACAUGUCCACUCUCCAUCAAAUUGUGUUCAACAUGUUGAAUCAAAUAGGUCAAUCCAUAGUUCUCACAGAUUAAAUGAGAAGAGUAGGUUACCGUCUAAUAAGAUGUCUCCUGCAGCUGAAAAGCUAUGGGAAGGAUCUCUUCAGCUAAGCUCAUCUUUUACCGUUUCUGUGGUGGCGUUCUUCAAAAGCGGUGAGAAGUUGCUUGAUGUCAAGUGGUCUGAAUUUGUAGUAGCUAAAGGCAGAGUAAGAUUAGAUGACUUCGAAAAAUACAUCAAAAAUCUUCCUAGUUCAAGCAGUCGGGCACUAACGGUUGUUUCUUUUUGCCUCAAGGAGGGAACUUCUGCAAUAGGACUCAAGGGCAUGAAAGGGGUUGCAAAAGAUUAUAUGAAAUGUGGCAGAGUCGGGAUAGCAAAGCUCUCUCCAGGUGUUACUAUCUACCUUUGUCCCCCGACCAAUGCAAUUUUCAUUAUUCUUGAAAAAUACGGUUUCUUGAAGGGAACGGCAGCUGUGGAAGGGAACUCUCAGUUGAUGAUUGGUUGUGUUGUAUGGCAGAAAAAUCGAACAGCUUUGACUUCUGUUCUUAAAAAGUCUGAGGAAAAGGCUAAUUCUUUGCAGGAGCAGCUUCAAAAGUCUCCAUCUGAUUCUUCUAUGUUGCAAGGUGGGGGACAAGGUUCUUUAUCUAUGCCAUCAGUUAAGAACUCAAACCCAUCUGCCCCACUGAGCUCUUUCUCAAAUCUUGAACAAGCAAAUGUCACUGAUAACAAGAGUAUUGGUAUUGAUUCUGCAAGCAGAACAACCUUAACAGCUUCAGGUGUGAAGUCACCACCUUUUCAGCAAAAAAAAUCUGAACUUUCCGGCUCGCAUCUUUGGGGAUCUAAAGGGCACUUGACGAGCAGUGAAGCUUCUUGUGUGCACCAGUCAAAUGAUGAACCACCCAAGGAAAGCAGGAACCUCCCAAAAUCUGUAACAUCAUUGCUGUCCGAUGCAUCAAAACGAAAAAUGGCAUUUCCAGAUGAUGAUGAUCUCCCUGAGUUUGACUUUGGAACUGCUAGCGGAAUAUCUUCAAGUUCCCAUCGUUCCUAUGGAUCCAUUAUUGGCAAUAGGCUUCAACUUUCUGGAAGUAGAAUUUUAGAUAUGUCUAAACAGCCCACCAGACCUGUGGCACCUUCAGCUUGCAUGACUAUUCCUAGGCAAAUGGAAGAAAAGCAUUACAGCCAAAGUCAUGCUAUUCCAGUGACAGUUCCUGUUCGUGCAUAUGGUUCACCGAUGGUUCCGUUUCAUAGCUCGGGUAAGAAGAACUUAUUUUGUGAUGAUGAUAUUCCUGAAUGGUUGCCACCAGAUGCUCAGAAUGAAAGAACAAAUGAACCACCAAAGACCUUUCCGCCUGAAUACCCAACCUCGAGAAUGUUGCUGCCUCUUCCUACAGGAUCAGUGUUUCCUUAUCCAUCUUCUGCCCCUACCCAUAACAGUUUUUCUUCACAACCGUCUCCUCUAUAUCAUCUGCCUGCCAAUUCCAGAGUGCCACCCCCCAUACCCUCUCAAAAAGGUCCUAGUAAUUUGACAGGAUUCACCUUUAACUCAGUUCCAAGGCCACAGUCUAGUUCUCGUGCUGCUGCAAGUUCAUUGAAGCCUGCGGAUAAAAGAGUAAGGAGGUUUAGAAUGCUCCACUAAUUGAUCAAGGACUGGCAAGUUGGCAGCAAGCAUUUCCUCCCCUCUUUGUCUGGAAACGCUUGUCAGUGCUGGCACAUGUGGCAGCGCCUCUGGAGCCGUCAUUCUAAGUUCAGCUAUUGAUUUGAUGAUCUCUAUAGGACGUGGUCAGAUUUACUUAUUAGGGACAGAAAAACCGGCAAAACACAGGUUAAAAAUCAAUGAUGAGAAUCUCCGAUGGAUAUGUGAGCUCUCAAAUCAGCUUCAGAUCGCAAGGUAACAUAUGCAGAAGAUGGGAAGGAAAAUCCAUGAGUAUGUCUACAAAGUAUAUCAAAAGCUCAAGUAUGAUCACUUUGUAAGGAUCGAAUCAUGGUGAGAAGACGAGAAGAGUUAUGAUUGAUGAAUGUCUGGUAUGUAUUAAGUAGUAAAAAGAGUCUCAAUCAAAGCAAGUAGCAAGUCAGUCUGCGCAUAGCAUACUUUUUCAACUAUUCUCCUUUCCUUGUUGAAGGGGAAUGGAAAUCAAAACUUCAACACGUAUGAUCGCUUUGUAAGGAUCAAAUCAUGGUGAAAAGAUGAGAAUUGAGUUAUGAUUGAUGAAAGUCUGGUACAAAAGUGGAAGCUUGACAUCCUUCACUGGAGUUUAUAGGCCAUACUCUAAUCGGGAAAGAUUAGAAUUUUGGGAGGAGGUAUCUGCAGUCAAGGCUUUAUGGAAUGAUCAAUGGGUGGUACAGGGUAUUUCAAUGUAUGCAGUUAUGAACCUGAAAGAUUCAAUUGCAUUCCCAGGUCGAGCACCAUAUCUAUUUCUCUGUUUAUAUUAGUAGUCUUGUCCUAUGAUUUCUGUUACUCCCCGUUGUUUCUUGAGCUUUGGUUAUCGCAUUAUUUGACUAUUGUUGUUGUUUCUUGUUUUCUGAAUACCAUGUAAUACUUUCCGUAUUAUUUGCUAUGUCCGGUUUACUUUUUUUUUUUUCAA